AUCAAAAAGGACUUCUUUACCAUGCUGAAGGAGGCAGACAUUGAUCGCCACAGUCGGUGGUCUGAUGUCAAGCGUAAGCUUGACAGUGAUCCCAGAUACAAGGCUGUUGAGUCAAGUGUGCAGCGUGAGGACUGGUUCAGGGACUACAUGGUCAAAAUCAAAGAAGAGCGAAGGCGUUCGCGUGACAGAUCCAGGGAUCGUGAUAGGGAAAGGGACCGUGACCGUGACCGUGACCGUGAGAGGGAAAGAGAUCGUGACAGGGACCGUGAAAGAGAAAGAGGAGGAGGGGAGCGAGAAAGAGACCGAGAGAGAGGAGAGAAAGAGAGGGAAAGGAGAAGCAGAGAGUCCAGGGACCGCAGCAAGGAGCGGGAAAGGUCAAAGGACCGCAAGGAGAAGAAGAAGGAAAAGAAGGACAAGGAGAGAGACAAGGACAAAGACAAGGAGCGAGAGAGAGAGGAGAAGAAGGAGAAGGAGAAGGAGAAAGAGAAGGAAAGAGAAAAGGAGAAGGAAAAGGAAGAAGCACAUGACAACAACCAUGAAGAGGGAGAAGAUGUGGAAGACAACCAUAAGAGCGAGGUUAGGAGCGUCAAAUUGCCUGGCAUGGGUGAAGAUACAGGGAGUGAUGGAGCUGAGGAGGAGUGUGAGGAUGGAGAGGCCAAUGAAGCGGCAGAAGAGGAGGAGCGGGAGCGCCAAAGAAGGAUCGAGGAGUCACUCAGAAAGCGAGAGGAAGAAGUCCAGCGUGCACUAGCAGGCCACCUCCGUGACCGUGACAAGGAACGCAUGCAGCACAAGCACGAUGAGGCCGUGCACAAUUUUAAUGCGCUCUUGGCCGACUUGGUACGGAGCACAGACUACACCUGGAAAGAGGCUAAAAAGUCCCUCAAGAAGGACUCCCGCUGGGAGUCAGCUGGAGCGCUAGACCGGGAGGAAAAAGAGAAGCUCUUCAACAACCAUGUCGAAAAUCUGACUAAGCGCAAAAGAGAGAAGUUCAGGGAACUUCUGGAGGAGUUGCCUGAUCUGCAUCUGGCCUCCAACUGGAAGGACCUGAAGAAGGAGCUCAAAGAUGACCCCCGCUACACCAAGUUCUCAUCUUCAGACAAGAAAUGUGAGAGAGAGUUCCGUGAAUACCUCAAGGACAAGCUGGUGGCAGCUAAGGCAGAUUUUAGGGAACUUUUGAAGGAAACAAAGUGCAUCACCCACCGCUCGUUAAAGAUGUGUGGUGAGGGUGAGCAGCAUCAGCGUGAUAUCCUGGAAGUGCUGCGAAAGGAUCGACGUUACCUAGUCCUUGACUGCCAGCCAGAGGAGCGCUCUAAGAUCCUUAUGGCUUAUAUGGAGGAGCUGGAGAAGCGCGGCCCCCCACCCCCGCCCACUGCAUCCGAGCCCACCAGACGGAAAUAGAGGAAGUGACUGUUGCUAUUCCAUUCCGUUUGGGGAUUGGGAAUGAGGGAGUUUAGAGACUGACAGUUAGUUGACUGCUUGGGAAAAGUUAGAUCCAGAUUCAAUUAAUAAUUUUUUUUCAACUUUCUGGUGAAAAUUGAUCACAUAGAAUAUGUACAUUUUUAUUAACCCUUAUUAUUUUUUUAUAAUUUUAAUUCUUAUUUCCAUAUUGUACAUAAUCAACUAUUUUUCUCAAUUUUUUUCUUAGGGGAUAGGGUAGAAAAGACAUAGAUGAAUGUGUUCUGUGGCAUUCAGUGUGGGGUAUGUGAUUUUGUAUGUCCGAGUAUUAGCAGGUAUAGGAGAAUUUGUAACUUUGGAAGCAUUAUUUUAGAUACAUUGACAUGGCUGUAUGCAUUACAGGAAGUCUCUAAAGAUGUAUUGACAAUUUCCAAAGAAUGUAGGAGUUUUAAUUAGUUCCUUAGUACAUUCACAAUUUGGAAUCUUCAUUUUCUUUCAUUAUAUUUUUUUAAUGGUUGCGAGGAAUAUGAUCUUUUGUAGAGGAGCAUUUUUCUUUUUAUAAAGCAUAGGCAUUAAUAAAUUGUUAAUUUUAUUGUGGUUCAUAUGACUCAUGAUUGUUAAUAUGUGAAUAGCUGCUGUGACUGUUGCUGCGAUCACUGGUCAAUUAAAGUGCUACCUUUAUUUUAAUAAUCAUGUCAACUUGGAAUGGUUGUACAUGCGUGCGUGUCUAUUUUAUACUUGGUUUAUUCAACUUUUUAUUUCAGUUUGUGGUAUGUAGUGUGUGAAUGAUAAAUAAAUGAUAAAAAAGCA